GCUGCGUGACCGAGCUAACGCUACAAGUCUUUUAGAUAUACACUGUGGCCACACUCGACCUAUUUAUGGACGAAUCCAGUAUUUACCUUUUCUGAAUGAAUAGUGGCCACAGCCGUCUACAGUGACACACCACCAGUCGAUAGAAGAUUGGACAAAAUGACGCUUGUAGUUGUACUUGGUGUACUUGUUAUCCUGUCAGCUAGCUAACAUCCCCGGCUAAUCACUGGGUACUUCAUGGGCUGCAUCGUGUUACUGAGCUAGCUCACUAUAUUUCAGCUGAAGUCGGUAUGCAGUGUGACCGUUAACUAUCGCCUUCCCUUUUGACGUUUUGCAUUGUCACUGACAAACAGCAGCCCUGCAGCUAAAUGUCGGUGAUAACGGUGUAUGGGUUUUUGGAAACGAUCACAGGCGUUUUUCCUAGUAAGAGCAAUCUGCGCAACAACGUCUCUAAGCUGCUUGUUGGAUCGGACGGUCAGUGAAGUGUCCCCAGGCCAUAAGUAGGUCUCGUGGAGAUGAUGGUGGCAUAGUGAGAAAGCUGGUCCGUCUGGCUGGUUGAGGUGUGGAGGGGACACCGCAAACCACGCCAGGAUUCUGACGGAUACAGUUCACUUCACACUGCAGAUCUCCUCAUCUGCAUGCCUCCCCUUGAAACAUAGCUACAACUAUGGUGACGCUUAUCACAGAGCAGCUCCGCAAGCAGAGUCUGGAAGAACCAUACCACAAGUCUUUCUCAUUCAAUGUGAAUGUGUCAUUACCUGCAGUGGGCUCCAGUCCUACUGUUUCAUGGAGCAGUUGUAGAACGCCACAAGAGACCAGCUCAGCUACACACACUCCAUCCAAAACCAGUGUUUUGGAUGAUUCGUGUGGGUUAGACUAUAUUUGGCCUCAUUCACACUCUGCAGACCAUUUCCAGGAUUCCGAAGCUCCCUGUAAAGAUAAAGCUUUGCAGAGUUCCCCUCCACCGCCACCUUCAAAGCGCCACUGCCGGUCCCUGUCUGUUCCCGAGGAUCUGUCUCGAUGCCGGUCUACCUGGCAUCCCAGUGCGUCCAAGGUUUGGACACCAGUCAAACGCAGCUGUCACAGUGGAGGAGUAUCCAGUUCAGGCUCUGGAGCCAGCUCUCUGCCACUUUGUGGUCCCAGUUGCUCCUUCACUUCUUCCUCCAUUCACUCAUCUUCUAGCCCUACCUUUUUUAGCUUAGCGCUGUCAUCCGACUCCCCUUUAUCAUGGGGUUUCCCGUGGGACCCCAGCGACACGCUGAAAGGAGCCUGUUCUGGCUCGUUCGCUACUCCUUCCUCCUGUUCCUCCUCGCCGGCCCCAAUGGUUCCUCACUCACUGCUGCAGCGCCGGUUCUCCCUCUCCCCCGUGCACAUUCAGAGCGUCUCUGGGAUGCCCUUGCCCCCUCAGCCCUCCGCCGCUUCAGUUUUGACUUGUGGCUGCUCCGGCCUGGAGCAUCCAGCUGUGUGUCAGUCCCCCACCUCGGCCUGUAGUACACCAUCCUCCUCUAGACGCGGCCUCCACCCUGCACUGCCACGAUGCCACUCGCAGCCCUGCGACAUGCGCAAGCCUCGGCUGAAGAGACGCCACGAUCCAGAUGUUCUGCCCUGCCCCAGGCCGGGUCUGGACUUCAGUAAAAUGACACAGAUGGGGAAUCACGAGGGCUCAGCGGGUGCGGCGGGGGGCUGCGUCGUCCCCGUGUCUUCCCAGGCGGAGCACCGCUCGGCCUUCUCCCCCGCCGAGUUCCCGGGACGAGCCAGCAUCGGACCACUGAGCGAAAGCGAGGAAGAGGAUGAGGAGGAAGAGGAAUUGAACAGGACUGCGAACGAUGGGCAGAAGAUGGUCUUUGAAAGAGACUGUACCGAAUUGGACUUGAAUCUCAUCGAGGAAAACUGACCACUCCUGCGUUCAUAACCUUGUUAAGCACAUGUGUAGGCUUUGUGCGCUCUCCUGCAGAGUCCUGAGGAGCCUGCUGCCCUCCUGAGGGACAUCUUCAGAGUUCAUAAGUAAGACCCAAGCGAGUAGGAGCUAGUAUCAAAUUACAUUGCUGUGAUUGUAACACUUGAGCUAGUUCACCCUUCAGCAAUUCACACAAAAAAAGAACAAAAAAAAAAAUCCAGUGCCUGCCUGUUCAGCACUCCAUGGGGAAAUGUGCAUGAGCAAAUAAGCAAGUUUCCAUGAGCAAAAGAGGUCAUAUUUGAUCUUAAAACAAGUCUUAAUUAGCAUUGGUUUGCAUCUUGAUAGUCUUACAUAUCAUCAGACGCCUCUAUAUAUGAGAGGAAGCAGAAUGUUCUACUAUUUCAAUUUUCAAGAUGUACUCUGAAAGCCAGUAGUUUAAAGAGAGAGGGUGGUCGCUUCUCUACGCCAUCAGACACACGACGCCGCUGUUCUGUUCCAGUCUUUAGGUGCUGAGCUGUUGGAGGGAGAUGAAAAGUUGCCAUACGCAUGCAACGUGAUAUCGGAGUUGACUGAAGCGAGCCUUUGAAUCUCCAUUCAAAUUGCGCUUUGGGUUUUACAGGACACAUUCCAGGAUUAUCUGUACUUGUCCAGUUCUGUCCUACUGAACUCCUGCCCUGACUGACGGGAAGCCCUCCGGCUCCAAAUCGACAGGUUGUUUUUAGCUUUCUGCAGAGCUUUGCGACAAGCCUUAAAUUUGUACUGGUGCUGUCGGAGCGCCACCAUGUCAAAUCCACACGGGGCAGCGGCUCUGAAGACACUUUUACUGCUGUUAGUGACUCAACCUUGGGGAAACAAAAAAAAAAAAAAAAAAAGCCUGCGUAG